UUAACUCAACCAUGGUUAACCCAAACCCUCUGAUCAUCUCCUUUAUAUCCCACCAUUUUACCCCCCAUUUUCAUCCUCAAAUUCUCCUUCUUCAUCAAUCUUGCCCUUUCUUCACUCUCAAGUAGCCUUCUUUUCAUCGCCUACGUGGUUGUGGAUCACCAGAGCUACACCACUGGAGUUUUGAACGAUGAGUUGCAAUGGAUGUCGAGUCCUACGAAAAGGAUGUAGUGAGAGUUGUAUUCUACGACCAUGUUUACAGUGGAUCCAAACUCCGGAAGCUCAGGCCCACGCCACCGUUUUCGUCGCCAAAUUCUUCGGCCGUUCUGGCUUGAUGUCUUUUAUCUCCGCCGUUCCUGAUCACCAACGUCAAUCUCUGUUUCAAUCGCUGUUGUUUGAAGCGGCAGGUCGGACUGUAAAUCCAGUGAACGGCGCCGUCGGGCUACUAUGGACAGGCAACUGGCACGUGUGUCAGGCGUCGGUUGAGACGAUCCUCCGAGGGGGUACGUUAAGGCCAAUCCCGGAGCUUCUGAACGGACACCCAGCGAUGCCGGGAGUCGGUGAUUCAUCGGAAACAGACGUAACGUGUACUGACAUGUUCAAGCUUCAUGAUCAUGAUCCAAUCGCGUAUCCACGAUCGAGUGUACAUAAACGGCGGCGAGGCUGUGAGAUGCAAUCUAACAUGACCCAGUUACAGGAUCUUGAUCUGAGUUUAAACCAGAGUUUUCAGGAGGAAAAACGACUGCCGGAGAAUCAGCGACUGGGAAGCCCGUCGAUGAACUCCGAAGAUUCUGUGACUACGACGUGGUUGGAUGGUGCUUUACGAGAUUAUAAUUACAGUCCAGGAACAAGAGGAGAUGAAAACCUGCAAAUUUUGAAUUUAUUUAACUGAUUAACUCGAUCGAUACUAUUUUUAGUAUGAUAUACUGUAAUUUUGUUCUUAGCUUUCCCAUUUUGUUUGAUAGAAAGGGAAGAUGUUGUGCCGGAACUUUGGAUUCCGGCGAGUUUUGUAGAUCACCGGUGGUCACUGAGAAAGAAAGUUGGGCGGUGAUAUAUUUUUAAUAUCUCUAAUUAAACAAACUAAAGAGUUCGCAUUAUAUUAUAUAAUUGAAUAAUUCUUUCAAAUA